GCUUCUUUUGUGUGUAUCCUUGACCCUAAUUGACACAAGUAACCAUAAAGCCCAAUCCUUCUCCGCCCUUUCCAUGGAGACGAAGCCGGAGCGCCACCGCCACGACAGCGUCCACGAGGAAGGAGGGGAAGACGACGCCACCAUGGCGCACGGCGCUCUCUCGCUGCAUCAUCGCGGAGCCGCCGCCUUGUUUGGUCCGCGGCACGACGAGGAGGCCGCCGGCCGCCGGGGCGAGAUCAGGGAGGUGGACUUCUUCUCGCGGGACUCCGGUGCCCGGCGGCAGCAGGACGACGGCGGCGGGCGCAGGGUGCCGCCCGGAGGUGGCCGGGACGACGUCAACAUCGGGCUAGACCUGCUGACCACGGGCACCGCCGCCGCGGCGAGCGCCGGGGAGGAAGUGACGGCGGCGAAGAAUCACAAAAUGGAGGCGUCAGCGGUGGAAACGGAGCUCAGGCGGGUGGUGGACGAGAACCGGCAGCUGCGGGGCAUCCUAGAGGAGCUCACCCGGAACUAUGGCACGCUGUACCAGCAGCUUCUCCAGGUCACGCAGCACCACCCGCAUCAGCAUCAGCAUCCUGAUCUCAUGAACAACCGAUCAUCACUGCUGCCUCAUACCCACCUGAACACCAUGGGCGCGCCCAACUCGUCGGCGACCCGGCAGCUGCUGGAGGCGCGUGCUUCCUCCACGGCGCAGACGCGGCCCGACGCCGGAGCGGAGGAUGAGGCCAGCGACGGAGCCGGCGAGGCGUCACCUUCGCUGAGCAAUAAUGGUGGGAUCAACAACUCCGACGGCAAGAGGAAGAUGUCGCAGGAUGGGACGGCGCCGCCGAGGGAGAACGGCGAGCAGGCCUCGUCGGCGGAGCUGCCGGGCCGGAAGGCGAGGGUGUCUGUGCGCGCGCGAUCUGAGGCACCAAUGAUUAGCGAUGGGUGUCAAUGGAGGAAGUACGGGCAGAAGAUGGCCAAGGGUAACCCAUGCCCGAGAGCAUACUACCGGUGCACAAUGGCUGUGGCAUGCCCCGUCAGGAAGCAGGUGCAACGGUGCGCCGAGGACAAGAGCAUCCUGGUGACGACGUACGAGGGCCACCACAACCACCCGCUGCCGCCGGCAGCGACCACCAUGGCGAACACGACGUCCGCGGCGGCGGCCAUGCUGCUCUCCGGCCCGGCCACCAGCCGCGACGGCGCGGCGGCGCUCCUGAGCCACCACCCCGCGGCGCUGUUCCACCACCACGCCAGCAUCCCCUACGCGUCCACCAUGGCCACACUCUCGGCCUCCGCGCCGUUCCCCACCAUCACCCUCGACCUCACCCAGGCGCCCGGCGGCGGCGCCCCCGGGAGCGGCGGCCUGCUGGCUCACGGCCUGCAGCGCCCGCCGGUUGGGAUGGUCCACCCCGCGGCGGCGGGCCCCGCGAUGCCGUUCGCGGUGCCCUCGCCGCUGGCGAUGUUCCUGCCGCAGCGGGCGCCCGCGGCGGCGGCGGCGAUGCCGGCCGGGCUGGUCGCCCGGCAGCCGCAGCAGUCAGUGAUGGAGACCGUGACCGCGGCGAUCGCGGCCGACCCCAACUUCACCACGGCGCUGGCGGCGGCCAUCUCGUCGGUCAUGGCAGGAGGAGGAGCGCAGCAGGCCCAGCUUGCUACUCCCCGUGGAAGCAAUAUCGGCAUCGCCGAGGAGGCCAGCGGCGGUGCCGGCGCCACCGCCCCAGCAGCUCCGACGACGACGGCGGCCGGAGCGCAUGCGGCGUCUGGGUCGCCUCGGUUCGCGACGCAGUCCUGCACCACGUCGACGACUUGAGGAAACUAAAUUCACGAGAGUGCAGGCAGGGAGUCUGACUGACAGAGAUCAUCGAGCUGCACUAGUGUAUUUGUAUGAUUGAGUGUAUUUAUACACACACAUGAGAUGCAUACGAUACUUGUUGUACUAUGUACAGAUGAAAAUUUGAAAUAUACAGUACUUUUAGAUG